UUUACCACCACCCAGCAAUGUAAAUCGAACAAGCAGUAGAAACCAAGCUAGCUUAUUGAAACAGACAGGCUAGCAGUAAUUCUCGGAUAAUUUAAUACAAGACUAAUCAACGGUAAGCGUAAUUCAGGCAAGUAAUUAAAAAUGAACAUCAUUCCUACAACGACGAAGCGGGCUGCGUUUGGUGUAACGACUGGAGUCAUGAGCUAUAUUCUUCCACAAAAUGGAGUCGUGGACGGACAGAUUCACUACGGCGUAGGCGCUCCCUCUCCACAAACGGCAAUGGGAUCUUCACUAGACUCUCAAAACGGCAAUGUUGGGUCUAAUGAGACCCCAAAGAGGCCGAAGAACCUGGUUGUAAACGCAGGGAAAGGAUUUGUAACCGCGAAAGCACUUAGGGAAGCCAGCGACGACAUCGACGACGGCUCGUUACCUUGCACCCCGGAGCUGCACUCAGACGGUGAAACCGACGUCUCCAGUUGUCCGGCAGGGUACGAACUGUUGGAGAAUGACACGAGGCAACUCAUUGGCCGUUUUCUCAGAGAGUAUACUGGACUUUCAAAGCCUGGCUGGAAUGAAACUAGUGCACUAUCGACUAUGAAGAGAGUAGUGGAGGACGUGCUGGCAAAACACAGAUACGCAUACAAUGGUAUGAUCAACAAACUGUCUCUGGAUGAAAGGGGGGCCGAUGCAAGCUUUGUCAGCGCAGUAGCAAAGAGCCUUUUCUCAGACGGAACAACCAACUGGGGCAGGAUUGCCAGCCUGGUCGCUUUUGGAGCAGCUGUGUCUCAGUACCUAAAGGAGAAAGGCCAGGGGGACUGUGUAGAGCUGGUGGCACAGGAGAUUUCCACAUACUUGGUGUCUGACCAGAGGGACUGGCUGGUCAAAAACAACUCCUGGGAGGGCUUUGUAGAGUUCUUCAGAGUAGCAGACCCUGAGUCCACAGUGAGGACGACGCUCAUGGCCUUUGCUGGAUUCGCAGGAAUCGGGGCAACGCUGGCCCUGUUGAUCAGGUGAACUUUUGGACACUCAGAGACUUAUUUUAACACCACAUGGACUUAAAACGAAGGACGCUAAAGCAUAACUGCUGGAAGCUUCUUCACAGCAGUCACUCUUCUUCAACUUGUCACCUUUUUUGGACUCCCCUUCACACCCAGCCUACAAUAAAAGACUUUCCAAAAGCAGGCAACUUUUGACAAUUAGGUUUAUUUAAUUAACAAAGAUUUAUUUUUAUAAUAAAUGUAAAAAAAAUGUGUGUCAAGACAAAUUAAAGUGGUUAAGGGGACACUAGAUUUUUGAUUGAUUGCUUUUUUUUUUUUAUCACAAAUCCCUUGUGCUGAUGGUGUUUGUAAGGCACAUGUAGGAAGGGAAAGCUGCCAUGUCAUGCAGUCAUGAAGCCCACGUCUUUUGUGCCCAUUCAUAACCCCUUGAAUCCUUUGUAUGGAAACCUUUACCAUGUUGGAGGAGGAGGGGGUGGAUUUGCAUGAGUGUAGCGCUACUUCCUUGUUAUGAAAAUGUUUGGAUCUGCGCUAGGAGACGAUGGCAACCACAUGCAGGACUGCUUGCUGUUCAAAAGGCUGGAAAGUUUGAGUCUGUUGAAAGGAAUGAACAAGUACUGUGGGUUGAAAGGAUGCAGAUUUUGUUGAUCGCCUGCACCAAAACUCACUGCAGUUUUUGGAAGAAGGUCUUUUCCCCCAGGGAGAGGGGAAAUCCAGACUAUGAUAAAUAGUGCAGAUCCAGUUGUAAGCUAGCACAAGUAUGUAUAAAAUAAUAAAAAAGCAAUAUAAAUCA